AUGGAUUACGCGCGAAAGAUAGGGAAAUCGGACGAGCCGAAGAAAUGGGUGAAACAGUUCACCACGUUCGUGUACACCAGGGAUACCUUCAUAACGCCCCCUGAGAAGAUCGAGGAGGAUCCCCGCCUCGCCAAUUGGAAGAGAUGGUUGGAGAGGCGGAAGAAGCAGUACGUGCACACGGGGACCGCGGUCAAUCGUCACCAGGUCGAUCAGAUACAGAAUUACUCGAGCGAGAUGAUACGGCCGAUGGUCGAGAUGAGGAAUCUGAUUGAGUGCGCCUCCAUCCCGAUCCCCGUCCAACCCGACAAGUAUCGAGGGGGGCCAGAGUUCUGGAAGACGGCCGAGAAAUUGCCACCCCUCCCGUGCCUCCCCGACGUCCACUUCACGCUGACGAGGAAGGACAUGAACAUAGCCCCCGAAUUGGCCUACGUCGCUUUGCCGGAGCUCAUAAAGGAGGAGAAGGAUCUGGUAUGCGUCUCGACCAAGGCAUCGUUGUGGAAGCGGAGCCAAUACCUGGCCAAGCGUAGGAAGGAGUUGUCGAGCGAGAUAGAGAGGCUGGUUCCCAAGGAGCCGUGCAUGGACGAGCUGGUAAUCAAGAAUUUCACCUGGCCGGAGGAGGAGACGAUACCGAAACUUCCCGUCAUCACCGUCUGCGCUUGCGACGAGGUGGUCAAGGAGGAGGACGAGUACAAAGAGGAGGAGCUGGAAGAGGAGAGGGCGAGAGAGAAAUGCACGCCUUGCGAGGAGUGCUAUCUCGAGCAAGCGAUCGUCCUCAAGAUCCAGGAUAGGGAGAUCUCGAGGGACAUCCCCUGCCCUCCCUCGAGAAGGCUGGUCCUCGAGGGGGAGGAGAGAGGCGGCGGCGACGACUCGGAGCCGAUCGUGUGGAGCGUGACGUUCCGGGGCAGGUUGAACAAAAUCGUGGGGAAGGAGAUAGUGUUGGAGAACAAGGGGAAUCGCGUGAUCGUGUACGAGUGGCGGGAGGCCGAUUACCGGCCGAGGGUGUUCCCCCUUGGAAAGUGCCCCAUCACCCCUUUCUACUUCAACAAGACGAAAGGGGUGAUCCUACCCGGGCAGAUAAACAAGCUUCAAGUGUGGUACCUGGCCCGCGAGCCCUGCGUCUCCGUCGAGUUUUGGCGGUUGAUCACCAGCCCGGUGCUCUCCCCCUCCCCCCUCAUCUUCAGGCUGUGGGGCUGUGCCGGGGGCGUGGCGAACGAGUCGUGCGGGCCGAUCGAGGCGUACAUAGCCCGUUGCGUGAGGGACGACGCGGUACGAUCGAUAAUAAGCGACCUGGUGGAGAGGAUAUUUCUUGUGAAGAGGCCCGAGCCCGCUUACAGCCACCUAUUCCUCGAGUCGGACCUGUUCGCGGCCAAGAAUCCUACGUGCUAUUACACGCCCAGCAUAGUGAUGGAUUUCCACCAGCUCCACUCGUUGGCCACGAAUCAGAAGAGGUAUCGUUGGAACAUGUCGUUGGCGGAGAUGAGGGAGACGAUGCUCAAGAUCCGACCGCCUGAGUCCAGGGACUCGGUGUUGACGGAGUUCGGGAAACUUUACAAGCAAGCGUUGGCCCACACCCUUUACGAGCGCGUCGCGUCUACCAAGGCCGAGAUCGUGUACAACCUGUUGUGCUCGUUCUUCAAUCUGUUCGAGAGGGAGAGCGAGUUCGCGAGAGGGGCUUAUUUCCGGAAGGAGAGGGGCCCGCGCAUUCUUGUCUGCGAGAUAGUCGCCGACAGCGAGCCUCGAGGAGGGUACAGGAAGGGGGCGUACGUUUCGAACGCGCGUGGCAGGCGGAAAAGGAAAUCGCUGAAUCAGACGGUGGCCGAGGUGGCGGCCGAGACACCGGCCCCCCUUCUUUAUCCCAGCGACGAGUAUCUUUACAAGCAGACGUUCUUCAUUCGUGUCUACAACCUUUUGGGGGAGACGUUGGUGAGGAUAUUCGCGUCGAUCGAGUCGUACAACAAUUUGAACGAGCGCCACAAGUGAUUGUAAAUAAUAAACACGAGAACACGUUUCUUCUCUCUUCUUUUCCUUGUUUUUCCAAACGUGUGAAAACGCUAAUGUUUCAUUCUCUCUUGAGG